GUAUGAUUGACUAGUUCAGCAAUAAUCUACAAACAUAAAAAUACAACAAGAAUAAUUAAAAUAAAUGUCGCCCACAUUGUUUAUUUGGAAGGGCACAUCAUCGCCGGCAAUUAGCCGUCUAGAUUUUGCUAUCAUGAUGAAUCAGUCUCUUGAUUUUCUCCUAGGAACAGAGUUUUUAAUUUUUUAUGGAGUCUAAAAGGAAAAUACAAACCAAAGUUGCUUCUUAUAUGUAAACAGCCCUAUGGAACCAAGAAUGUGCUAUCAUUUGCAUUGAUGCAAAUAACAUGGGUGAUUUUCAAGGCUACAUCAUCCUCUUCCUCAUUUGGCUCACUUCCAUAAUCUUACUUCGAGCCUUCUUCAGAAACCGAGCCACGUCUCACCUUCCACCAAGCCCCCUAGCCUUGCCAAUCAUCGGUCACCUUCACCUUCUUGCUCCAAUACCUCACCAAGCUCUUCACAAGCUCUCAACGCGCUAUGGCCCCUUAAUUCACAUCUUCCUUGGCUCUGUCCCUUGCCUUGUUGCUUCUUCACCUGAAACAGCCAAAGAGUUACUCAGGACUCAUGAAACUUCUUUCUCAAACCGGCCUCUGAUGACUGCCGUUGAUUACCUAACUUAUGGCUCACAAGAUUUCUCUUUCGCGCCUUAUGGACCCUAUUGGAAGUUCAUGAAAAAGCUAUGCAUGUCUGAACUACUUGGUGGUCGAACACUAGACCAGCUUCUUCCAGUUAGACAUGAUGAGAUAAAGCGUUUCAUCGAGCUAUUGCUGAGAAAGGCCAAAGCUGGUGAGGUUGUUGAUGUCGGGGGUGAGCUUGUGAGGGUGACAAAUAAUGUAAUAUCAAGAAUGAUUAUGAGUGAAAGAUGUUCUGAAGAUGAAGAUGAGGCUGGUGAAGUUCGGAAGCUGAUUCAAGAGACUGCUGAGCUUACCGGGAAGUUUAAUCUCUCUGAUUUUAUUUGGUUCUGUAAGAAUUUGGAUCUGCAGGGGUUUAGAAAGAGGCUCAAAGAUGUCCGUGACAGGUUUGAUGAGAUGAUGGAGAGGAUUAUAAAGGAGCAUCAAGAUUCGAGGAAGAAGAAGAAGAAAGAGAAUUGUGAUGGAGAUGACACUGUGAAGGAUUUACUCCAUAUUUUGCUAGAUAUUUCAGAAGAUGAGAACUCAGAGAUAAGAUUGAGCAAAGAGAACAUCAAGGCCUUCAUUUUGGAUAUAUUUGCUGCUGGAACAGAUACGUCUGCUAUUACAACAGAAUGGGCGCUAGCAGAACUAAUCAACCAUCCAAACAUUAUGGAGAAAGCGAAAAAUGAAAUAGAUGCUAUUGUUGGAAAGAGCAGACUAGUAGAGGAAUCAGACAUUGCAAACCUUCCUUACCUCCAAGCCAUUGUCAAGGAAACACUUAGGCUACACCCAACAGGCCCAAUGAUUGUUAGAGAAUCAAGUGAAGACUGCACCAUCAUGGGUUACCAAAUACCGGCAAAGACUCGGCUCUUUGUCAAUGUGUGGGCUAUAGGCAGGGACCCAAACCAUUGGGAAAACCCACUUGAGUUUCAACCAGAAAGGUUUGUUGGUGAAGAAGGAAGUGGGAAAAGCCAGUUGGAUGUGAGGGGGCAGCAUUUUCAUUUGUUGCCAUUUGGGAGUGGAAGAAGGGGCUGCCCUGGAACUUCACUAGCAUUACAGGUUGUUCAAACAAGCCUUGCAGCUAUGAUUCAGUGCUUUGAGUGGAAGGUUGGUAAUGGGGGGAAUGGUACUGUGGACAUGGAAGAGGGGCCUGGGUUGACCCUUCCAAGGGCCCAUCCUCUGGUUUGUGUUCCAGUGGCUAGGCUUAGUCCAUUUCCACCGAUCUAACUUGUUACAAUGUGAAUCAAAUAGAAAGAGAAAGGGAGAAAAAGAGGAAAAAACAAAAUUACAAAUGGCUCAAUUAUCUUCAGCAUUUUGUAUCAGUUUAUAUGGGAGGACAUUAAUCUUAUUGAUUGUCUUCUUAAUUAUUAAUUUCAAUGGAAUGCAGCAGUCACAAUCAUCUUUUCAAGUACACU